AUGAACGACGUCUGCGGCCUGCACGCGAACAACGACUGCAAGAUCAACUGCGAUCUCCAAGGGACUGGGUGUACACCCAUGUGGGGGUACAAGGGAAGUGUGGGGCAAGACGGGGUGCUGAACCAGCUUGACGACGGAACGCCUUGCGAGUCGGGUCAGGGGGUGUGCAUAAGCGGCACCUGCGUCGGCAACAACGUCCCGGCGCCAACGCCGACGGGGUGUACGAUGUCGAUUGUCGGCAACACUUGUGACACGUAUUGGGAAUUGUACGGAUGGAUUUGUGCGACUAGGGAGAAUUUUGGCUGGGACUGCUCUGGGUGCAACUACGCUGGUGACACUUGGUUUGAUCCGGUGCCAACGGUCGAAUGCAGUCCGACGCCAGCCCCACCUCAGACUCCACCUGUGACUCCAUCUCCGACUCCACCAAUGACUCCAGCUCCAACCGUGCCGACAGUCGAGCCGACUCCAGUGCCAACUGCACCGCCGACUCUAGCUCCCACUCCAGCGCCGUCUCCAGCGCCCACUCCGAACUUGCCAUUCUGCGUUGGACAUAUGCGGAUCUAUUUGUAA